ACAUUGCGCUGAGAUUGAUUUUGGGGUUCAGCUGAUUGCUUAGCAGCAAGUCAUGGCAUUUUCACGGCGGGUUAAAUAACAGUAAAGUGUGGUAGAAGCUUUUGAACUGGUAACACACACACAAACGCCAGCACUGGGCCAGCCAGUUAGGCAGCAAGCAGGCGAGAAGUAUAGCCAUAGCGACGACGACGACGACGGCAACGAAGAGUUGAGUGAUGAGUUGUGUGGAAAACAGCCAGCAAAAUUAAGGUAAUAUUCGGUGGCAACUGGCAGUGUGUGGUGAAAAUCGGACGCGAGCGGCAGACAAUGUCAUGACAAGAGGACCGUCAGACGUCAGGCAGCUAGCAGUGAAAAUGAAAAUGCAAAAUUCGCUGAAAGCAGCAAAGUGACGCAAAAAAAUAAAAGAAAAAUUUAGCAAGCGUUGUGCCGAAGAAGAAGCAGCAUUGAAAAAAUAAGAAAAGGUGUUGAAUAAUAAAAGAAAAAAUAUUUGUGGAAAACAAAAGAAAAUAUUUUUAAUAAUUGCAAGCGUGUGUGUGCCACAAAAAAAUACAUUACGAGCAAUUGUCUCGUUUCUGCAUAAAAUUGCUCGCAAAGUUGUGUAUAAGUGUGUGUAAACGGCAUAUGCGCUUAACCUAGAAAUCGCCAGCGUAUUUAGUAUAAAGCAAAUAUAUAUUAUAAAAAAAUUUUUAGCAUACCAAUUUAUUUAAAAAUCUUAUAUAUAUAUAUACAAAUAAGUGUAAUAAGUAUAUAAGUGUGUAGUUAGUGCAGUGAAACACAGGAAAACCAGAAGCAAUAGCCGCAAAGCAUUCAAAUAAUUUAAUCGAUAACGCUAUGUCAAUGGAAAGCAAUACCCCGGUGGAUCCCAGAGUGCAGGUUGAACUGGAGAAACUGAACACAGCAACAGACAAUAUCAACAAAUAUGAAGUGGAACUCGAUGAGGCGAAAUGUGAUUUCAAGCGUAUCUUGGCGGAGAGCGAGGUGCGCAUCAAGCAGGCCGCACACAAAUUGGGCAACUCCAUCGAGGCGGCGAAACCCUACUACGAGUCGCGCAUCUAUGCAGCGCAAUUGGCGAAGGAGACACAACAAGCGGCAGUCAAUUACGAGAAGGCCAAAUCGAUACAUUCCGCUGCCAAGGAGAUGGUCUAUUUGGCCGAGCAGGGGCUGGGUGAGAAAGCGACGUUGGACACCGCCUGCCAAGAAAUGCUCAGUCAUGCUACCACCAAAGUGAAUCAAUCACAGGUGGAGGUGACGGAUGCCAGGAAUACGCUGAAAAUGUGUCAGCUCAAGUUGGAAGUGGCCAAUAAUCGUGUGGGCAAAUUGCAGGGUCAACUAAAGCAGGCCAUACGCGCGUCGAGUUUAAGCCUUAGACGAGACUUACUUGAAAUGAACGCUUUGGUUUAUCAGCAACGUUGCAAUUGUUUACCCUUCUACGAGGCGCGCGCCAACUAUAACGGACUGCUGAAAGCGCAAAAGCAGAAAAUCAAUGAAUUGGAAGGUCGAGUGACCGAGGCGAAAAUGACUUACAAUGAGGCGCUGAAGAACCUCGAACAGAUCUCUGAAGACAUACACCGACAGCGGCAGGAGCAACGCGACCUGCUCAAUGACACACUCUUGCCACAGUUGUGCGCCGUCAAUAAUGCCGCCGCAACGGCGCAAAGCUAUCAACACUUUCCGCGCGAAGAGUUGGACGCAGCCGAGGAGUAUCUGCAAUUGCCCGCAAAGCUCAGCACACAGUCCAGUCCAGUGCAUCAGCGGCGCUUCGACGAGCACGAAUGUCCACACCUGCUGCAAGACUUUCCAACGCUCAAUCUGAGGGAGAAACUCUCCACAAGCGGCGGUAUGCACAAGUCGGCCAGCACCAGCGCCACCGGCGACAGUCUCUUCGGCCACACACCACUGCACGGUCCCUACGAAGUGAAGUCGAGCGGCAACAGCAGCAGCGGCGGUGGCGCCGGUAGCGGCAGCGCGCACGAUGCCAGCUCGAGCACCGGCGCCGAUGACAAUGACGAUAUCGAGCAAUGGACUGAAAUACGACUGUCACACUCGGAGAGUACAAGUUCCAGUUACUCCAACCAAUCGCUGCUGCACGAUCAGCCAGGCGGCGGCGGCGGCGCUGAGGAUGCGCAAUCGCAUCACUCAUCAUCGUCCUCCUCGGACGAACCGAAACGCAAAGUCACCUGUACGACGAUCUUUCACGAAGAUCAGCUGAACAAAAAGCAAAGCUUAAGCCAAUGGCUGUCACGUUCGAACAGCUUGAAGAUGUCCGGCCGACGUCAGAGUCUCGAUCUGCUGAUCGAUGCGGGCGAUAAGGUGAAGGAUGUGUUUAGUUUCGGUUUCCAAAAGGUGGGGAAAUCGCUGGAGCGGCGCAACAGCGAGUCGGAGAUGAACGCCGAGAAUGCGGACGGCAAUGCGAGCGGUGCGACGGCAGCGGGCGCGGCGAGUGGCGGCAAAACCUCAUCGGCCGGCGAUUUCUUCCUCUUCUCCAGGUCGUCAGAGCCGAAAGAGCUGCUCUCCGACGAGCAGGUCGAGAAUUUAUUGUUGAAUCCCAGCCUGGAUGAGAAUGGUGUGAUAAUUGUUGAGCAACUUAAAUCGCCGUUACAACAGCCAAAUCCCUAUGGCAUGGCUGCCACGCCGACCACUACAACAACCACAACCACUUUGCUCUUCUAAGCGUUGAUUAGCGUUAAAGCAUAAUGUUUAAUGACAAAAACAAAAAAAUAGCAGCAACUUUCGUCUUAGAAUUCAUACAAAUAGUUUAAGCAACCGAAUUGGUCAUAGGAGAACAUGAGAAAACAUAUCAUUUAUGGGAUUUCGUAGCUUGAAAAAUAUGUUUAUGAAAACCAUACUAUAUAGUAAUAAUAGUGCGGCGGGUUUAGCAAAUUAGCUUGAAUUGUAUGAGUUCAAAUUUCUUUAAUUAUAAUUAUUUGUUUAACACAGUUACAUUUACAGUACAAUAUUAUUACGUAAUUACAAAAUUGUGUGCUUAAGAGCAUUAAGUAUUUAUUUAAAAUAUUUAAUUAAUUUUUUAAACUAAUUAAUGUAAUUUUUUAAUUAGUGCGUGAAGUGAUAAAUGCAUUUUCAGUUAAAUAUUAAAAUAAUUUGCAUUAAAAGGCUUGAAAGCAGCUUAAAAUUAAUUAUUGAGUUCAAACAUUUCAAAUUUCAAAUAUAUAAUAUACUAUAUAAUGUCGAAUAAUGGGCGUAAAGUAAACAAACUCGACUGCAAUAACUAAACAAAAACUUUUUUUGCGCUAAUUAAACAUUUUUUGUGUUAAUUCUUCAAUUAAUUUUACAAAUUGACACAAUAAAUUGCCAAUUGAUGACAUUUUAUUAACUAAAGUUCUACGUGUAAAUGCAUAUUUAUGCUGGAACCACAGUUUAAGCGCCACUAAGCAUAAGCAUUGUAAGUUUGUGCGCACAUCAUAAAUGCUAAAGCUAUUUGCGUACAAAUUUGUAUUAAAAUAUAAAGAAUACCUUAAUUACUACAAUAAGUGAGCUACAAUGCAAAAUAAUUGACUAACUAGACAUUAUUUACUUAUAAUAUGUACUUUUCAAUUGCGUAUUCGACGCAUGUGGUUGUUUUACUAGUCAUUUAUAAAUUAUAUACACAAGCGUUGAGGCAGACAAACUCUGUGAGCGUUAUUUAUAAAAAAUAUUAAAAAAAAGAA